AUGAAGUUUGCAGCCCCUCAGCCAAUAAAGCAACCUUUGGAGCAGAGAGACAAGAACAAGCACUGCGCCUACCAUAGAGAUUACGGGCAUACAACUAAUGAUUGCAAAUCCCUUAGGCGGCAGGUGAAAAACAUGAUAAUGAGAGGUGAAUUAGUAGACUACCUCACAACAAAGGAGUAUGUGAAGCCCCGAGAGGUCAAUCCCCGAAAAGUCGAAGGUAAUCAAGUGAAGGUCAUCCAUCCAAUACAUAGAAGAUCGGAGGAUGAUCAAAAGUCAGGGGAGGUAUAUAGAUCCCGACUGAGGAUAGCUUAUAAGCUAAGAAGGUUAUCCUCAGUGAACACUAUCACUACGGGAAGCGUCAAUAUUGUGUUCGGCGAUGGAGAUCUAUCCAGAGUUCAACUCCCUCACGAGGAUCCAUUGGUCAUCAGUCUCUUGGUGGCGAAUUGCAUGAUUAAGAGGGUUUUAAUAGAUCCAGGUAGUAGUGCCAAUAUCAUCACAAAGGCAGUCUUUGCACAACUGGAGAUUCAGUCAUCAUCAAUUCGGCCCACCUUUAGCCCCUUGAUGGGGUUUGAUGGCACAAAAGUGGACCCCCUUGGGGUAAUUGACCUAUCUAUGACUACAGCAAAGAGGACACUAAAAGAGAACUUUGUUCUAACGGAGAUCCAUCCUUCUUAUAAUCUUAUUAUGGGAAGAGGCUGGAUCCACUGA